AUGAGAACACAAGAAAGAAUUGAUGAAAUUGUGAUACCAUCACAAGGAACUACGUCAGAAAAAGUUUACACUCAUUUCAGAGUCACUAUUCCUGAGCCAUGGAUAGCUCAUGUUGAGAUCGAUCGACCAGGCCAGUUGAACGCAAUUAUCCCAGAUGUAUGGCUGGAACUGCGGACUGUUUUCGAUCAUCUCUCUACAGACCCUUCUGUCCGUGCAGUGGUUUUCUCAGGGUCUGGCGAAAGGGCAUUUUCCGUUGGCAUAGAUCUUAAAUGGGCGUCUAGAGAAGGUUCACCGUUUAAUCCCCGACCAGACGAGCAUGUUGAUCCCGCCAGACGUGCGGCUGCCCUCAGACGGUUUGGAGUUGAGUUCCAGGAGUGUAUCACAAGUAUCGAGAAGUGCGAGAAACCUGUUAUUUGUGUCCUGCAUGGUUUUGCACUAGGAAUGUCAGCCGAUCUGUGCUCAGCUGCUGAUAUUCGAAUUUGCUCCAAAGACACAAUAUUCUGUGUCAAGGAGGUCGACAUCGGAAUUGCCUCUGAUGUCGGGAUUCUCGCGCGGCUGCCCAAGGUUGUAGGUUCUUACAGCUGGGUGAAAGACGUGGCUAUGACAGGAAGGAAUUUUGAUGCGGAUGAGGCCCGUCGUGAGGGAUUUGUGAGCAGCGUCCUCCCGACAAAGAAAGACGCUAUUGCGGAAGCGUUUAGGGUCGCCAGAAAUUUGAGCGAAAAGAGUCCGGUAGCCGUACAGACGGUCAAACAUUUCUUGGAUCACAGUCGAGACCGCACUGUUGCAGAGGGCCUUCAAUACCAGCUGGCUUAUAAUACCGCAGUGGUUCAAACAAAUGAUGUUCCAGUUGCUAUUAGGGCAUUGAUGUCGAAGAAGGUACCGACUUUUGAGAAGCUCUAG